AUGUCGGUUCUUGAUGCCAUUCUGAUGCACAUGCAGCCUGAUCAAACUCACAUUGCCCUCCUCCCCAGUGCUGGAAUGGGCCAUCUCACACCUUUCCUUCGGCUCGCCGAUCUGCUCGUCCGCCGCCAUUGCCGUGUCACCCUCAUCACAACACAUCCCAUCGUUUCGCUUGCAGAGUCUCGUCUCGUCUCAUGCUUCCUCUCUGCCUUCCCACAAGUCACUCAGCUGCAAUUCCAUCUCCUCCCUUUGGAUCCUUCUACCGUCAAGCACUCCACUGACCCCUUCUUUAUCCAGUAUGAAACAAUACGUCGCUCCGCUCACCUUCUCUCUCCUCUUCUUGCCACUCUUUCACCGCCUCUCCAUGCCCUCGUCUAUGAUGCCCUUUUGAUUUCCUCUAUAAUUCCAGUAACAGAAACCUUACAUUUCUCUAACUACAUCAUCUUCCCAUCAUCAGCCAGAAUGUUAUCUUUUUAUUCAUACUUCCCAACCUUUGCAUCCAAAUCUGGUGACGCUCCUGCUAUGCCUUGUGAUGUUGAAAUUCCAGGCCUUACGCCAAUACCUAGGUCAUCAAUACCUCCUUUGUUGUUUAUCCCAGACAGUCUCUUUGCUAAAAUUUUCAUGGAAGAUAGUCGUAAAGUUGCAAAACUAAAUGGCGUUUUGGUCAAUACCUUUGAAGGACUCGAAGCACAAUCACUAGAGGUGCUUACUGGCAGAAAAUUACUUGAGGGAAUGCCAUCUGUGUUUGUAGUUGGACCUCUUCCACCAUGUGAAUUUGAGAGAGGAGAGUGUGGUGAUCAGUUGAAGUGGCUUGAUGAGCAGCCGGCGAGGUCGGUAGUUUAUGUUAGCUUUGGGAGUCGGACAGCCAUGUCCAGGGAUCAAAUAAGAGAGGUAGGUGAGGGGUUAGUUAAAAGUGGGUGUAGGUUUUUGUGGGUGAUAAAGGACAAGAAAGUUGACAAGGAGGAAGAAGAGGGCUUGGACGAGGUUGUGGGGCACGAGCUAAUGGAGAGAAUGGAGGCAAAGGGAUUGGUGGUGAAGAAAUGGGUGGACCAACCACAGAUACUUGGUCACAAUUCUGUGGGAGGAUUUGUUAGCCAUUGUGGGUGGAAUUCAGUGACAGAGGCUGCUUGGUACGGGGUGCCAAUUUUAGCCUGGCCCCAAGGUGGGGAUCAGAAGAUCAAUGCAGAGGUGGUGGAGGCGAGUGGAGUCGGCAUGUGGGUGACGAGUUGGGGUGAAGAGGUUGUGGUGAAGGGGGAUGAGAUUGGAGGGAGAAUUAGAGAGAUGAUGGGGAGUGAAUUGUUGAGAGGAAAAGUUGCAGAGAUCAGAGAAAAGGCAAGGAAAGCUUCUGGAGACGGUGGAAGCAUUGAGAUAACAUUUAAGCGACUCAUUGAAGAGUGGAAGAAGAGCAAUAAGAGCAUUUGA